UCCCCUCUAUUUCUGUUUUUUAAAAAAACAUUUUCACACUUUUCCCUUGUUUUUCACAAACUCCCCUCGUACGUUUCUCCUCUUCCUGAGCUCCACUGUACCCUCCUCCCCUUCCACCCCUGACCUCUCCUCCCCUCUCUUUCAGCUCGGCCUCCCUCUUCCUGAGCUCACUCUGUCGUUGACAUUCGCGUUGACUGGCCAGAGUCCGCGAGCUGAACACUCUCUUCUUUAUUUGAUCCUCUCUCUUCCAUCUCUCUGCCGCUAUUCACCCAUUCAACUCUGUCCUGCCCUUAAGACUUGACUUUUAAUCUCUGAGCCCACUUCCUGAUCUGGCUCUGACAUCUGAUUGGCCAUGGCGUACCAUAGCUUCCUCCUGGAACCAAUUAGCUGCCAUGCUUGGAACAAAGAUCGGUCCCAGAUCGCCCUGUGUCCCAACAACCACGAGGUCCACAUCUACAAGAAGGACGGGACCAAGUGGACCAAGAUCCAUGAGCUGAAGGAGCACAACGGGCAGGUGACAGGUAUCGACUGGGCUACUGACAGUAACCGUAUAGUGACCUGUGGAGCGGACCGGAAUGCUUACGUCUGGACCCUCAAAGAGGGAACAUGGAAGCCCACCCUGGUCAUCCUCAGGAUCAAUCGUGCUGCCCGCUGCGUGAAAUGGUCACCAAAGGAGAACAAGUUUGCUGUGGGCAGCGGCUCACGCCUCAUCUCCAUCUGCUACUUUGAGCAGGAAAAUGACUGGUGGGUGUGUAAACACAUCAAGAAGCCGAUCCGCUCCACCAUCCUGAGUUUGGACUGGCAUCCCAACAACGUCCUGUUGGCUGCUGGAUCCUGUGACUUCAAAUGCAGGGUGUUUUCAGCCUACAUUAAGGAGGUGGAGGAGAAGCCUGGUCCGACUCCCUGGGGCAGCAAGAUGCCCUUUGGGGAGGUGCUGUUUGAGUCUGGAGGCUCCGGAGCUGCAGCCCAGAUAUCAGCAGGAGGAGGUGGUGGUUGGGUUCACAGCGUUUGCUUCUCACACUCCGGAAACCGUCUGGCCUGGACCUCCCAUGAUUCCACUGUGUCCGUGGCAGAGGGAGGCAAGACUGGCACGCUGACCAGCCUGAGCUCAGAGACUCUGCCCCUGCUGUGUGUCACCUUCAUCACCGAAAACAGCUUAGUUGCAGCUGGCCAUGACUGUUACCCAGUGCUUUUUGUGUACGACAGUGCCAAAAGCAGCCUAAUGUUUGGUGGCAAGCUGGACGUUCCCAAGCAGGCGGCCCAGAAGGGCAUUAGUGCUAGGGAGCGUUUCCAGAACCUGGACCGUCGAGCCUCUGAAAGCCAGAGCACCGACAAGGACCUGCACACGCUCCAUAAGAACAGCAUCAGCCAAAUCUCAGUGCUGGAAGGAGGAAGGAACCAGUGCACCAAGUUCUGCACCACCGGCAUGGAUGGAGGGAUGGGCAUCUGGGACGUCAAGACUCUGGAGUCUACUAUGAAGAACUUGAAGAUAGUCUGAACUGAAGUUUACAUUUCCCAGACUACAGUAUAAUCGCUUCCGGAGAUUUGAAGAAAGCUGCUGCCUUAGUACAUAAAACUCUUCUGCCUUAUUUUAGUCAGGUUUUUAUAUAUAUAUAUAUACAAGCUAAGCGAUCAGACUUCAGGUCAAAUACUGUUUGUUAAUCCCUCUGAAGCUCUCUGCUGAGCUAGUUCAUUUCAACGCUGUGUACAGAGGCAUUGACCACAGGUCUGCAAACGGUACUUAUUAAGUUAGAUUAGAACAAUCACAAAGAGCUCAAACUGAGCUGAAUGCUUAAAGCAGAUAUUUUAUAUUAUUCAUGAUGAAGGACUUCAGUAUUUCUUAAAAGCUUAUGCUGGUCAUAAUACACAUUUAAUAAAUGAAUACUGUUA